AUGAAUCACGAGGAGAAGAACAAGGAGAAAGUUAGCUCGUCUAGAGAACAAUGGAAGCCUUCAGAGGAUUUGAAACUCAGAGAGCUUGUGGCUGAGCAUGGUCCUCGAAACUGGAAUCAGAUUGCAGAAAAAAUACAAGGACGAACAGGUAAGACUUGUAGAGCAAGGUGGUCUCGCCAUCUUGAUCCAAUGAUCAACAAGGCAAGUUUCACUGAUAAAGAAGAAGCAAUACUACUUGAAGCUUACGAAAAAUUGGGUAGCAAAUGGUCUUUGAUCGCUAAGCUUCUCCCUGGAAGAUCUGACGAAGCAGUGAUAAACAAUUGGACCAGAAUCAUGAAAAGAAAGACAGAAGAUAGUGCAAGUGAUGAGAGUAGAGAGAUCAAUAACUCUAGCAGGAAGAUGCCACAAGAGGAAACCACUGACCUGAUCACAGAUGCAAUGCAAUGUUCAGCUCUUCAUCAUCACCUGUCUAUCGUACAUGCAGUUCCCUUGGCAAUGUCCGCACCACCGCAUGUCUCCAUCUCUCAACCAUCAUCAUCAUCAUCAUUACCAUCAAAAGCAGAAGAUACAAAGGUUAAGAUACCCCCGAAGUUUAUAGAUUUUCUUGGGGUAGGCGAUUCUUAA